AGUACCGAGCUGAACAGAGAAUUGGGAGCUGGCUAGACAGGUCUGUGUCCUGCAGGCGCUGCAGGCGUUCGGCUGGCGGAACCUCGCGCGUCGAAACCAGGGCUAGGUGAGGCUGGUGACCUCGAGAACCCAUUAAGAGUCAGUUUUUAGUGAAAAAGCAUUGAGCUUGGAGCCAAGACCCAACUCCUUAUUAAUUUGAUAUUGUGCAAGUCAUCUUACCUCUCUGGAUCUCAGUUACCUCAUCUGUAAAAAGGAGAUAAAAAUUCUUACCCUAUCUAAAGGCCACCUUGCACACUACACUGAAAGUCCUGUGAAGAUGAGGCGGAGGACUGUCCUACCGCGGUGUUGUUUUCUCCUGGUUACAUGUCUACUUGCUAAUCUUGAAGCUGUGCCUAUAGACAUAGACAAGACAAAAGUAAAAAAUCCUCACCCUGUGGACAGCGCAAAGAUAGAACCACCAGAUACUGGACUUUAUUACGAUGAAUACCUCAAGCAAGUGAUUGAUGUGCUGGAAACAGAUAAUCAUUUCAGAGAAAAGCUCCAGAAAGCAGACAUAGAGGAAAUAAAGAGUGGGAGGCUAAGCAAAGAGCUGGAUUUAGUAAGUCACCAUGUGAGGACAAAACUGGAUGAACUGAAAAGGCAAGAAGUAGGAAGGUUAAGAAUGCUAAUUAAAGCUAAAUUAGAUUCCCGUCAAGAUACAGGCAUGGACCACCAUGCUCUGCUAAAACAGUUUGAUCACCUAAACCACCUGAAUCCUGACAAGUUUGAAUCUAGAGAUUUAGAUAUGCUGAUCAAAGCAGCUACAAGUGACCUGGAACACUAUGAUAAGACUCGACAUGAAGAAUUUAAAAAAUACGAAAUGAUGAAGGAACAUGAAAGGAGAGAAUAUCUAAAAACAUUGAAUGAAGAAAAGAGAAAAGAAGAAGAAGCUAAAUUUGAAGAAAUGAAGAGAAAGCAUGAAAAUCACCCCAAAGUUAAUCAUCCAGGGAGCAAAGAUCAACUAAAAGAGGUAUGGGAACAGACUGAUGGAUUGGAUCCUAAUGACUUUGAUCCCAAGACAUUUUUCAAAUUACAUGAUGUCAAUAGUGAUGGCUUCCUUGAUGAACAAGAAUUAGAAGCCUUGUUUACAAAAGAGUUGGAGAAAGUAUAUGACCCCAAAAAUGAAGAGGAUGAUAUGGUAGAAAUGGAGGAAGAAAGGCUUAGAAUGAGGGAACAUGUAAUGAAUGAGGUUGAUUCAAACAAAGACCGAUUGGUGACUCUGGAAGAGUUUUUGAAAGCUACACAAAAAAAGGAAUUCUUGGAGUCGGACAGCUGGGAGACAUUAGAUCAUCAACAGCUCUUCACAGAGGAAGAACUGAAAGAAUAUGAAAGUCUAAUCUCCAUACAAGAAAACGAACUUAAGAAAAAAGCAGAUGAGCUUCAGAAACAAAAAGAAGAGCUACAGCGUCAGCAUGACCAACUGCAGGCUCAGAAGCAGGAAUAUCAUCAGGUUGUACAGCAGAUGGAACAAAAAAAAUUACAAGAAAUUUCUCCAUCAGGGCCUGGUGGACGCUCUCAGUUCGAGCCACUCAUUUAACGUCCGAUGCCCGCCAGAACUUGGAAGAAAAUGUAAAAUCAACACCUGUGUCAUCUUUUUACCUCCCUUCCUUUUUCUCUACUCAAUAAAUAUUUUAAAGCAUAU